AUGACGAAGGUGAUGGGAAGGGUGGUGAGGCACGGUGGCAUCAUCGACGAUGACAGCGAUGUUUCGUCACAUUCGGAUCUAAAACACGAAGAGUCAGACAGUUCAGCUGGCGGGGCUGACGAUGAGCUAAAAACAGCGACUGAAUCGCGCGUUAAAGGCGCUUUUUCCAAAGAUCAAAACGCCGGUCCGAUCCGUUUCAAGGUGAUGUCCGAACGGCGACGAGGCUUCAAGCGACAGCAGUCCAACUCUGAUCAGUCGACCGAUGGCUCUUUCGACGCCAAAGAUAAGGCGAAGCGCAUCAAAGACACCAUGGACAUGUCCGAAAUGGACGGUGAGCAGCAGUCGUCGGACAGCAGGCAUUUAGGCAUCGUGACUUCUUUGACCCCCAGGGACGACUUGGGCCGCGACCUGCUUUCCGCGGAACCGGUUCACGUCCAUAUGCAGACUGGAAAGCGACUGACCAGCUCUAGUGGCAGCACUUUUUCGAAAUUUGAGCCGUCGUUAACGGUUACUUGGGAUUUCGAGAAAGAGGAAGUAAUUCUGCUCAUUUAUUUGACAGAUUUUUGCCGUAUUUCUUAGAU